ACAAUGCCGGAAUAGGGAGCUACGACCCACGCACGCACCCCCACGGACCGACCGGAACGUUCCAGACCCGGUCCGACGCCGUUCCGAGACGUUCGAACGCGAUCUUGGCGGUUAUGUAAUUGGUGGGAAAGUCGUGCACGCCGAACAAUCGCCGCCGCCGCCGCGUCCGUAAACAAAUCGGACGCGACUCCGCCGACGACGUAUCCCGUUGAAAGGGACGCGGAUUAGUUGACAGUGUACGUGCGGGACAGGUGGCCGGUGGCAGCAUCGCCUGACGGCGUGUCGGUACGCGGUGCACGGUUAAAAAUCGUAAAAACAGCAUCGAACACAAAAUUUUAUUUACGCAACAGAAUUCCAGUCGACGCGUGCGCACUACGCGACCGUCAGCCCAAGUCCCCACAUCAAAGUACCGAACGAAACAAUCGCGGCCGGACAUAAAAUUGUUUUCGCGACCGAGACAACUGUGUGAAUUGCGUUUCAGGUGCGUGCCGGGGUGCCUGGAGACAUCCCGGAGUCGUGACACUAUGUGAGACGGACUGUCAACGACGUUCUGCUGUCUCCGGAGUCAGGGGAACUUAGACUAGGAUGUCGACAGAGACAGAGGUGUCCAGGCAACCGGGUAUAUCCCAGUUACUGCCGGACAUCGCAACCCUCAGUUUAAUCGGACAUAGAUCUCAGGGCGUCGUGAAUGGACCGACGACCCAUUUAGUCCACCAUACUUCAAUCACCCAACCAAAUGAAUCCUGGCAGACGAGUCCACCCAGACAGACUGCCAGUCCAACUACACAAACCGCAUUUCCAGACCCUCUCUCAGCUGGCGCAUCAGGAACGCCGCUUGGGGGCGGCGGGGUCAGCGGCAGCAGCACGGCAGUGGCGUUGGCGGGGGCGGGGGCUGGGGCCGUGUCGCCGCCCACGGAUCCACCAGUAUUUCAAUGUCCACGACGUCCCAACCUGGGUCGCGAGGGCCGACCCAUCGGCCUCAAAGCCAACCACUUUCAGAUUUCCAUGCCACGCGGCUUCGUCCACCACUACGAUGUCAACAUACAGCCGGACAAGUGCCCCAGAAAAGUUAACAGAGAAAUUAUCGAGACGAUGGUGCACGCGUACGGCAAAAUCUUCGGCAGUUUGAAGCCCGUGUUCGAUGGCCGCAACAACCUCUACACCCGAGACCCGUUGCCCAUAGGAAACGCUCGGGAGGAAUUGGAGGUGACGCUACCUGGGGAGGGCAAGGACCGAUUGUUCCGCGUAACAAUUAAGUGGGUCGCGCAGGUUUCACUCUACGGACUUGAAGAAGCUCUCGAGGGUCGUACCCGACAGAUCCCUUAUGAAGCGAUCCUUGCCCUUGACGUGGUAAUGCGUCAUCUCCCUUCCAUGAGCUACACACCAGUGGGGCGCAGCUUUUUCAGCAGCCCGGAAGGCUACUAUCAUCCUCUAGGAGGCGGACGUGAGGUGUGGUUCGGCUUCCAUCAGUCUGUACGACCAAGUCAGUGGAAGAUGAUGUUGAAUAUUGACGUAUCGGCCACGGCCUUCUACAAGGCCCAACCAGUGAUCGAAUUCAUGUGCGAAGUACUCGACAUCAGAGACAUAAACGAACAAAGGAAACCACUAACCGACAGCCAAAGGGUGAAAUUCACUAAAGAGAUAAAAGGUCUCAAAAUCGAAAUCACACAUUGCGGCAGCAUGAGGCGAAAAUACAGAGUUUGCAACGUGACCAGACGACCCGCCCAAAUGCAAUCUUUUCCAUUGCAAUUGGACAACGGUCAGACCGUGGAAUGCACGGUGGCGAAAUACUUCUUGGACAAGUACAAAAUGAAACUGCGGUAUCCUCACCUUCCGUGCUUGCAGGUCGGCCAGGAGCACAAGCACACCUACUUGCCCCUGGAAGUGUGCAACAUUGUGGCAGGGCAGCGCUGCAUCAAGAAACUGACGGAUAUGCAGACCUCGACCAUGAUUAAGGCCACAGCGAGGUCGGCGCCAGACAGGGAACGUGAAAUCAACAAUCUGGUCAAGAGGGCCGAUUUCAACAAUGACGCGUACGUACAGGAAUUUGGGCUGACGAUCAGCAAUAACAUGAUGGAGGUGCGGGGUCGUGUAUUACCCCCGCCCAAGUUACAAUACGGCGGUCGUGUUGCGUCCCUCAGCGGACAGGUGGGCUGGCACAGCAAACAACAGGCGAUGCCCAACCAAGGCGUUUGGGACAUGCGAGGAAAGCAGUUCUUCACGGGCGUCGAGAUUCGUGUGUGGGCGAUAGCGUGUUUCGCACCUCAAAGGACGGUGCGCGAAGACGCACUGCGCAACUUCACGCAACAGCUGCAGAAGAUCUCGAAUGAUGCGGGCAUGCCCAUUAUCGGACAGCCAUGCUUUUGUAAAUACGCCACGGGACCUGAUCAGGUUGAGCCCAUGUUUAGGUACCUAAAAACUACGUUCGCAUCACUGCAGCUGGUCGUCGUCGUUUUGCCCGGAAAGACUCCGGUAUACGCCGAGGUCAAAAGAGUGGGUGAUACCGUGUUGGGAAUGGCGACGCAGUGUGUCCAGGCGAAGAAUGUAAAUAAAACGUCGCCCCAGACUUUGUCUAAUUUGUGCUUGAAGAUUAACGUCAAGCUGGGAGGUAUCAAUAGCAUCCUGGUGCCAUCUAUCAGACCAAAGAUAUUUAAUGAGCCAGUGAUAUUCCUGGGCGCCGAUGUGACACAUCCGCCGGCAGGCGACAACAAGAAACCUUCCAUCGCGGCAGUGGUGGGCUCAAUGGACGCGCAUCCGUCGCGUUACGCCGCCACGGUGCGCGUUCAACAACACCGCCAGGAGAUCAUACAAGAACUGAGUUCGAUGGUCCGCGAGCUGUUGAUCAUGUUCUACAAAUCGACCGGCGGUUACAAACCCCACCGCAUCAUCCUGUAUCGCGACGGCGUUUCCGAAGGUCAAUUCCUGCAGCUGCUCCAACACGAAUUGACGGCGAUCCGCGAGGCCUGCAUCAAACUGGAGGGCGACUACAAGCCGGGCAUCACAUUUAUCGUCGUGCAGAAGCGCCAUCACACGCGUCUCUUCUGCGCCGACAAGAAGGAACAGUCGGGCAAAAGCGGCAACAUUCCGGCGGGUACGACCGUCGACGUAGGCAUCACCCACCCGACGGAGUUCGAUUUCUAUCUGUGCAGCCAUCAGGGUAUCCAGGGCACGUCACGGCCCAGUCACUAUCACGUGCUUUGGGACGACUCGCACCUCGACUCGGACGAAUUGCAGUGUCUGACGUACCAGCUGUGUCACACGUACGUGCGUUGCACCAGGUCGGUUUCGAUACCGGCGCCAGCUUACUACGCCCAUUUGGUGGCGUUCCGUGCCAGGUACCAUUUAGUCGAGAAGGAGCAUGACAGUGGUGAGGGAUCCCACCAGUCGGGGUCGUCAGAGGAUCGUACUCCUGGUGCAAUGGCCCGCGCCAUCACCGUGCACGCCGACACGAAAAAGGUCAUGUACUUCGCCUAAUCGUCGCCAUCCCGUAACAGGAUCGCGUUCUCGCUGACCCGCCCGUCGAGCGACGCACUUCCGGGGACGCGCGGCAGGCGUGGCUUCGGUGUCCGCGACUUGUGGCUGCGGUGUCGAUGCCGCAUUACAUUGUUAUUUUUACAUUUCUUACCUUUAAUUUAAUUUAUGAUUGUGUGGUACAAAUUUUUUUAUAUACAUUUUAGGAGUAGUGUUAUUGACGAGGAGGGGCAAAACGGUGUAUUUAUAACAGGCAGACUUAAUUUGGUGACCGUUGUAAUGUUGUGCCUUUCAAUUUAGUUUAACAUAUUUUUGCGGAGCUGCUCAAUUCUUUAAAUGUCCUUCACGCACCACGAAGUGUUAUUCUGUUGCUGUUGCUUUUGAAAACUAAAUCUAGUCAUUGUUGUCAUUUACUUAGUUUUUAGCCCAAACACCCAUUUAUUUAUGUUUUAUGUCUUAAAGUGCCGACGAGAGGAAUUUGCCACGAUCACGAACUUAACUCUGCUAUUGAAAAAAAAAAGGAAAAAACAAUGCAAUAUUAUUCGGCAGCAUUCGGAAACCAAGAGGCAGGGACGUUGAAAUCCGCGGACAACAUUUACAAUUCACCCCUUUUUUGGUGUAUCGUCUGGCCGGUUAUUAUUUGUGAAUGUCGGUAUUACAUGCGUAUCUGAAUUGCUGCAUUGGGUUGAUUAAUAGCGUUUCUAUUCAUAGUCAUUAUUUAGUGUGUAUUAAGGAAGUCUAUAUUUUUGUUUGUCGGGCCCGCCGGCACACGAAAACUCUGCUGAUGCAAAUGAAGCUUUAAUAUAUAUUUUAACGAUGAUAUGGAGCUGGUCCAACUACUGAUUACAUUAUGGUUUAUUUUGUGUCGUUCAUUAACUCAGUGUCUUGAUAAAUUGAGCUUUACUUCAAUAUCCAAAAUAAUAUUUUAGAAAAUUCAGAUAAACCUCAAUUUUAUGCAAAAUGGCAUGUUAUUUGAUCUCAGAAAGAUUAUUGUGUUAUGAAAAUCUGACAUAAAAUACGCAUAAAAUGUGUAUCUAUUUUAAUAAGAUUUUUAUUAUUAAAACAUAGUAGUUGGAUCGUUCUCAUACAAAGAAAUGUAAGUUUGUAUCUCCAAACAAACCAAUUACCCCUUAUUCCUGAAGUUUGAUUGUAGAUAUGACGGAAGUUGCAGCUUGCCAUGUGCUAUCAAAAAAUACAUUUAAUUUGUAGCAAAAAUUUACCCCGAGGGAUUUUGUAUAAAAAUGUAUAGACUCGAAUUUAUAUAUUGAAAUUGUCAAAACAUUUGUAUUUUUUGAUGGCAUUUGUCUUAAAACUUGGAAACGUGACCAGAACAAUUGUACGAUUAUGGUCUUUUUCGAAUGACGCAAAUUAAACAAACAAAAACUAUGGUCGUGCAUUUGGCUGGAACGUUUCCUAAAAUGCACAUACUUACACGGAAAAUAUUGGGUGCUCUAUAGAUUUAAUCAAGUUGAAUUUAAAAAGGAAACAAAACGAAGACAAAUAAUCUCAAGUUAACAUAUUAUUUAUUCAUAUCUUUUUGAUCUAUAUAUCAUAGUCGAGAUCCAAACUCAUGUCUAGACAAUAAAUCAAACAUGUCUUGUUUAGACAACAUUCCAUUUUUACCUUAGAACAUUGUUUAUUUUUAUCGUAUUAUUUCUUCCAGUUCUGCGGUACUUAAAAUUGUAUUAAAUAUCUUCUGUUGUGUAUAUAAAAUAACUGUUUAGGAGAUUCCAUAUAAAUUCACAAUGUACAUAUGUCUAUUGACCAAAUUGAUAAAUAAAUAAUGUUCUAAACGAAAUCGACAGUCAUAAGAAAAUAUAAUUUUGAUUAUUGAAUCAAUAUAAGAUGCUGUAUUUAUUAUAUUUUAAGUUUUUGGUAUUAGUGUAGCACUAGCAUUAGUUAAUGAUGUUCAAUUUUUUUGUGUUUUCCCUUUUAAUAAACCUCAAAUUAAAAAAAAAAUACGUAUAUAAACCGAAUUAAGGGAGUGAAUAUAAAGAAAGACAAUAAUGUUGACAUUAUUUUAAUUGACGGCUAUAAUAUAUAUCCCCCAAGUGUAACACAAAAAAGUUGAACAUCCUAAAAUUUCGUGUCUGAUUUUUUAGACAUUAAGUAACUAAGGGAAAACAUAGAAGUAAUUAAAUAGAUUAUCUAUACAUAUGCAUAUACGUAUCAGUUCUGUAAACCAAGCACGAUAUUUACACAAAAAGCAGCGAUAAUGAACAAUUAUGAAGGUUGCAUUAAUUUUAAAUAAGUAGACAAUCAUCAUGUCCAAUAGUACCAUUAGCGUUGCUUUUUUUGUAAUUCCCCACAAGAGUUGAAAGUGAGAUAUUAAGGAUUUUAUUGGUUGAUUGAAUAUUGUUAUUUUGACAAAUAAUGUGCGUUGUAUUAUUCUUUUUACACUUUCUUUUUAGCAAUGAAUAAUAAAUAUGUACCUAUUUAUUUACGCAGUUGUUCUAAGCUAGUUAUUAGAUUUUAAUUGUUUGAUUAGUAAUCAAGUUGCAUAUCACUGUUGAAUUAAAGCAAAAAAACAGAUGGCGAAUUGUUUUGUAGCUUUUAAGUUUAUAUUGUACCUUUGUACCACUACGGAGUAAAGCUGCUGUGUAUCGGAUCAUUCGAAUUAUUUUUUUUAUUUAAGUUACACUUCGAGAUGCCAAUGAAAUUUAUUUUGUAUUAUUUUUAUUAAGGCUUAUAAUAUUAUGCAAUUCAAUUUACUCGUGUAAUUUUAUCUCAAUAAAUUAUUACUUAAUAAAUUUUUGUUUAUUUCA